GAGAGAGUCUUCACCAGCUCCUGUCUCUCCAACGGCAGACACACAAUGCUCGUUAAUAGGCUCCAGAUGCCUUUACAGAAAAUGCACGUCUGCAGGCUGUGUGGAUUGCCUCCUCUCUUUUGAAUCACAUAGAUGUGAGUCUAUCUCUCUGUCAUCGAAAAGGAAAGAAGAUUAUGGGGUUGUAUGCAAUUUCAGAACACGUGGGAAGCGUAUUUGCGAGGCUGGCGGCUGUGCGCCCGUCCUCCCUGUGAUGGAGGAGCGCGGUGGUGGUGCAUCGGUGGAAAUGAGUGAGAGGUGCGGGCGAGAUAAUCAAUGAAGACACCGAGGGCUCCUGUGCGCUUGGACAAGGUCAGAGUCUAGUCUGGGUGAGAUUAUGUCCAUGUGGAGACAACAAGGACGGACUUUUACGCUUCCUCUCAAGGGGACGAGGUCGCCUGGGGUUGUCCCCAGAAAACCAAGAGUUUCUCUCUCUGUGUUGGAUUGCAGAGGCAGCUAAAAAUCCCUCCAUCUGCGUGAUCAUGGUUGAGCUUUAUUUCUGACAGCCUCCGAGCUGCAUGGCUCCUUUCUUCGCAACCUCAGCCUGGAGAUAAAGUUUCUUCGCUCUGCUCGACGGCUGGAUGAUUUGUUCGGGCAUCGAUUCGUUUAAUUGGACGCAGUUGAACCCAGUUAAUGUGAUUUAAUGUGAUUGUUGCUGGUUUAAAAAAAAAGAAAAGAAAAAAAAAGAGGUGGAGGGUGGGCAGCUGUGGAUUGAAUUCCAUCAGAGCAGCGACAGAACAGCGGCGGCCAGCUGUGUCUCUGGACGGUCACAUCUGUCGUUGUUGUCGUCGCUGUCCAUGGUGCUGAACUCGUGCUCCAGGAAUGGUGGAGACGCUGAGUAUCGCAGUCAUCGGUGCUCCCGGAGUGGGGAAAACUUCUAUAAUCCGCCAGUUCAUCUAUAACGAUUUCUCGGAGGUGUACACGCCGACCAGGACCAGAUAUGUGUACAGACCCUCCGUCAUUCUCAACGGGAACAUGUAUGAGCUGAAGAUUUUGGACGUCCCGCCAAUCUCCUCCUUUCCAUCAAGCUCCAGUCAGGAGUGGCUGGAUUUGCGCUGCAGAGGUGUUCGCAAUGCCAACGCCUACAUCCUGGUUUACGACAUCUGCUGCGUGGAGAGCUUUGAAUACGUCAAGAUGAUCAGACAGCAGAUAGUGGAGCACAGGGAAGGCAGCAGUAGUGAGGUGCCAAUCCUGGUGGUGGGUAACAAGAGAGAUCUGCAGCGGCAGCGCUUUAUGCCUCGAAGGGCCGUGUCAGUGCUGGUGAAGAAGACCUGGAAGUGUGGUUAUGUGGAGUGCUCUGCCAAGUUUAACUGGCACGUAGUCCUGCUCUUCAAAGAGCUGCUGGGCAUCGCUGUGGCACGGGGCAUGCGCCAGAACCACACCUCCAUCCGUCUGCAGGGGGCGCUACAGAGGAAUCGCUGCACCAUCAUGUGACCCAGAGAACUCCCUCCACCCCUCUCACCUUAGGAGUGGAGCGGCAGUGGAGAAAAAGGACUUUUUAUCUAAAUGGCUGGAAAUAUACCCUGUGGCCUCCUGCUUUACUGAGCUGAUUUUUCAUAAUGAGGUUUAUUAGACUCUUGCGCUGUAAAAGACACUAAAAUUUCACACAUGGUCAUCCAACCACUUCCUUGUCCAAUUCUGCCAAAUGUAUAGAUGCAAAGGAAGGUAGGUAGGUAGGUAGAAGAAGAGGAAGCAAGGUGAAAACCAAUAUGACUAGAAUAGCACAGUUAUUUUUCCUCACAUCAACUAGACAGUUGCACAUUUGAGGCUGUCCCACAUUACGCAGCAGCAGGUCUAGAGGGGCUGUCUUAUGGCUGUAGCUGAGCCUGACAGGAUGGAAGCUGUGUUUGUGAGACUCAAAACGGAGAGGCAGCAAUAUCAUCGAGUCUUCCUUUUCAAUUUGUCAUAUUCAGUAAGGUCAGCAGCGGACGCUCAUACCAGACACAUUUGGAUUUCUUUGAGGGUGUGCAGUUAACGGUGAACAAGAUAGAAAAAUACAGAGCAGAAAAUAGCUUAUGCUCCAUUUCUGGGGAGAUUAUCUCGAAAUGUACAGAUACGAUUAGAUGGAGUUUAAUUUUAGAUUCUGAGAAGUAGCCUGCAUAUUUUUUGUUCUUCCCCUGUCCCUGUUUCAAACUUGGCCUACGGUAAAAGCAGUUUGUUCAGAUGAAGGGUGUUUUAAGGUUGUCUUGCAGCAGAAAAUACUGCAGUCCCUAUCAUGAUGUACUGUAUGGCUUUAAUCUGCUCCCUCCCCUCACUCAGUGUCUGUUUCUGAUGAAUACAUUAAAUCCAGGGAACUGGAGACCUGCAGGAGGCUGCAGAGCCUGAAACAAGAACCUGUGCAUGCAAUGUGGAUGUCCGUGUGUGUGUGUGUGUGUCCGUGUGUGUGUGUGUGUGUGUGUGUGUGUGUGUGAAAGAGAGAGAGAGUGAGGGAGACAGAGAGAGGCAGGUUUGAUAGCUGACAUUCAGGCAAACAAGGGACAGACACAAGAAGAUAAGAGACAGAUGUUGAAGCGUUGGAUUAGGAAGGAGCAAUAAAAUCCCACAGGGAUGUCCUGACUGACCUAUCUAUCAUCAUAUUAUAUUAAAAAAGCCUCACAUACAAUAGAUGUAAUCAACUUGCACUCAGAUAUCCUGCAUAAAUAACGAAGCAGAGCUCAACGACUUCCACAAAACACCCCAUGAGUGCACACAGGGAACCUUAAUAAAGCUUUCAUAUCAGUAUCUGAAUAGUAUCUAAUUGGUAAUGUUGUGAAAUUAACAGUUGCUUUUUCAUUUGAUUAGGCCUAGCUAGGUAGUUUGUGAACAUGGCUGCACUGAAAGUAAGCAGACCUAUUGUAUAUAAGAGUGAUUCAUGGGUAAUUGACAUGCAUGCUUUUGUUGGUAGAGCCAACGGGUCAGGGUUUUAAUUGCACUGAUGUUUAAAUUUGAUAUUGUGUUUAAUUUUUGUAAUACAUGUUUUUUUUCUGACAUUGUAAUGAGCAGCUGAGUGGAGUGAAUGUGGUCGUUUUUCACUGGCAUGUGAGAGCACAAGCUCAUGAUUCUCUCCAAGAUGUAGUGUUGAACCCUUCAAUCAGGGCAGAUGGCUGUGUGUAGUCUUUUUUUUUUUUUUUCUAGUAAAAAAAAAAGAAAUAUGUAGCAGAGAUACACUAGAAAGCAACUGUGUGUAGCAUGAGUUCUCAUCGGUUUGUCUGCUGCGCGUUUCCAAAUAAAAAGGGCUACAGUUUUUUAUCAGAAACGUUACUUGUAUUUAUUUUUACUGUGUUAGUACUGUGAGUAAUUUUGUUUUUUUGGACACAUGAUGAAUUAUUAAAUGCAUUUGAGAACAGCAAA